AUGGGACUUCUACGAAGGAUUGAAGGUUGCGUGGGAGAUCAUUUUAGAGAUAUUAUAAUUGAAACGGACAACAGGAAGUCCCUAGCUGUGGUUCGUAGGGAGUCAGACUUUCGUGGUGCUUCGGCUAUGUCUACUCACUUGGAUUGCCUUCUUGAUCGUGAUUGGUGCUUGUCUUUCAAAUUUGUUCCCCGUGAACGCAAUAGACUUGCUGAUGGCUUGGGUAGAAUUGCAUGGAGCUUGCCUUUCGGCCUCAGGGUAUUUCAAGUUCCGCCCACUGAAGUUCAUCAUCUACUGCAGGAGGACUUUCUGCAACAACGAAGUGGUAUACUGGAAGCCGAAAGCUAG